GCCGGUCUCCUCCACCUCCCCACUUCUCGUCGCUUUCCCCAUUGCUCUCGCCGGUCUACUCCAACUCCCCACUGCUCGCGCCGGUGUCUCCUCCAACUCCCCACUGCUCUCGCCGGUUCUCUCCUCUCUGCUCUUCGUCCCGCUUGAACCGGUGCUCAUCCUCUUCGCCUCUUCGUCCCGCUUGAGCAGAUUCAUUAUUGUGCAACUGUUGUGUUUGCUAAUUUAUUUAAGAUGAGCCUCUUACAAAAGAGAAAAAGACCCGAGUCUAAACCAGGCGGAGGUCUUGUGGAAUCAGAUCGCAUGGUACUCAACGUCAUCAAAAGCAAAAAAGAAAUGGCGAUUUGGACACGGGACUUGAAGAAAGAAACAAAUCUACCCGAUCCCAUUAUCAACAAAUCCCUCAAGAACCUCCAAGCUUUGGGUCUGAUAAAAGAAGUUGCCCAUGUCCAAAUGAAGGGCAGAAAACACUACAUUGCAGCAGAGUUUGAGCCAUCAAAAGAGAUCACAGGUGGUUCAUGGUACGUAGAUGGUAAUCUUGACACAGCCUUCAUCGAUCAACUUAAAGACCUUUGUCUAAAGAUCAUUCGUAAACUGAAAGUUGCAACAGCUGAUGGAGUUUACGACUUUUUCAAGACCAACAGGCUGACCAACACGGAUUGCACUAGCCAACAGAUAAGUGAGAUUUUGAGGUCGAUGGUUUUGGAUAAUAUGAUUAUAGAUGUAACGAGCACUGGGUUAGGGGAAUAUCAUUCUAUUCCUAUUGGGAAGUUAUGUUAUAGAUGUCCUCCGGCUGGUGAUCUAAGUCAAGGUCCGAUAACAGGGGCAAUGGUGUCAAUUCCUUGCGGGAUUUGUCCGAGGAUUAGACAGUGCACACCGGAUGGAAUUAUAUCUCCAAGUACCUGUGUUUACUACACCAAGUGGUUAGAUUUCUGAAUGCUUCUAGUAAGGUACCCUUUGGAUCAAUCUUUUGUUUGAUUUGAGGUGUAUAGUUUUGGUGUUUGAUUUCCUGAUGAAUUUAAUAUAAAUACUUUUGUUUUUUAUUUUCAUAGAUUAUUUAAGACUGUUCAUCUUUUAUGAAUUCAGUUUUGUAAAGGAUGAAAUUUGGUGAAAGUUUGAAAAAUGUUUCAUAUAGAGAAGUUCAUAUUGUUGAAGAUUUUUGGAGUAUGGAUUCAGUUGGUGAGUCCAAUUGCUGGUGGAUUCUUUGAA